AUGAAGCCUGGAGAUGAGCUCUUACAGAAUAUUGAAGCUGUUAUACGAAACUGUAAGGUUGGGGUUGUCAUCUUCUGUCCAAAUUAUUGCUCUUCUUACUUCUGUCUCCAUGAAUUAGCUCUCAUGACAGAAUACCAGAAGAAGAUCAUUCCCAUCUUCUAUGAUGUCAACCCAUCUGAUCUUGUGGUUGUUAAUGAUGGAAGCUAUCCGGCCAAGGAUCUCCACAGGUUUAGAUUGGAGCUUGAGCAGGCCAAGCGCAGGGUGGGCCUCCCUUUUGAUUCCAGCAACGGGAAAGGACCAAGUAUAGUAAAACAUGUGCUCUGUUCUCCCACUCCCUUCUGCGAGUGA